AUGCCAGAGGCUGUUCACCUUGCAGACCUGCUGCGGAUAUGGGUACGGCCCGGCGUGAGAUUUACACCAUCUCCCCAGAUUUUCAAGGGCCAGCGAGGGCUUUCCGGAUGCUGCCAGAAGACACGGGCCCCUCUCUCUGAACAUGCCCAUUCCAGUUCGGCCCUGCCCUUCAACGAGAAAAGAGUAUCCUCCCUGGAGCUCCUGCCAGCUUCUCUGGGAUCGCUUGCGUCACCGCAAGAUGCCACCAUCAGUAAAUUUAAAGAAAAUGAAGAUGCCCAGCAGCUCAACCUUAUUAGAAUCCAAGAAGAACUUAAUAUUUUACAGGAAAACUUCACUGUGGUGCAGCAAAAUGUGACACAACUGAAAAAUGAGAGCUCAGCACUGAAUGAGAACUACAAGGAGCUGCAAUUAAAUAUUACAGAGCUGGAAAAUUACAACAAGAAGCUGCAAUCAAAUAUUACAGAGCUGGAAAAGACCAACAAUGAGUUACAAUCUAGUCACGUUAAACUUCAUGCUACAAUUUCUUCACUUAAUAAGAGUCACACUGAGCUGACUUUGAGAUUUAGAGCUUUGGAUGAAUUCUGUCCUGUUACAAACCAGCUGACUCAGGCAAGGAAGUGCAGUUUCUGCCCAAACAAAUGGCUACAGUCAAAGGGGAAUUGCUAUUACUUCUCGACAGAUAAACUGAACUGGAAUGACAGUCGCAGUAACUGCAGAUCAAUGAAUGGACACUUGGUGAUAAUAGAGAGCAAAGAGGAGCAG